AUGCAGAAGAAGCUAGGAUUCCCAAUCUCCAAGAGCCUGGACCAAUUCAAAUCGUUGUACGGUUCCAUUUCGGGAACUUCCAAGCCAUUAUCUUCGCGUCCUUCUGCGGAUUCCGUUUCAUCGGGAAGUUUUGCAAGCCUGAAGCUCACCGCAGAGAAAUUGGUGAAAGAGCAAGCUUCCGUGAAGACUGAUCUUGAAAAUGCGAAUGCUAAGCUUAAGAAGUCGCAGGAGUGUGUGCAUGCAUUAGAAGAAAAAUUGCAGAAUGCUUUAAACGAAAAUGCCAAACUCAAGGUCAAGCAGAAGGAAGAUGAGAAACUGUGGAAGGGACUGGAGUCUAAAUUCUCUUCUACUAAGACUUUAUGUGAUCAACUUACGGAUACUUUACAGAAGUUGGCUGGUUUAGUUCAGGAUGCCGAAAAGGAUAAGGAAACAUUGGAAAAUAAACUGUCAGCAAGUUCAGAAGCUCUUGAUAGCUUGAAUAAACAGAUGGAUGGUUUGUCUUUGAAGCUAGAUUCUGCUCAGGAAACAAUUAGAACCCGUGAUAACGAGCUAGAGAAGCUUAAAUUUGCUACAGAAGAAAAAGAGAAAUUUCACAGAGAUGAACAUUGCAGAAUUGCUAAUCUUAUACAAGAGAAAGAUAAUAUGAUAAGGAAUUUAGAAGAAAUGUUAACAUCUAGUAGAUUGGCUACAGAGAAUUUGAACUCAAAUUUGGAAGAGGUUCACCUUCAGAUAAAAGUUAAAGAAGAUGAAAUUAUACACCACAUAACCAGUCAACAGAAGUUGGAGAAAGAAAAGAGUGAUCUUCAAUUGUUGAAUGCUGGGCUUGCAGAAAAGCUUGACAUGUCACUUCAGGAAAUUAAAAACCUUAAAGAAAAACUUCAGUCAUUGGCUGCACAUUUGUCUAAUUUAGACAAGGAAAGCUUGAAUCUUUUGAACAAGUUUGAUGAAAUGAGUUUGCUUUAUGCUUCAUGCUUCCAGUUGGUUCAGAAGGAAAGAGAAACUUUCUCAAGCCAUGCUCAAUACCAGUAUAGUGAGCUUAAUAAUAAAUUUGUAGUCUUGGAAUUAGAAAAGAACACAAUUCAAAUGAAAAAUCUCGAGUUAAGCAAAACUGUGGAUGAACUUCAGAAAGUUCAAGAAUCUACUGCAGCCCAACUUACACAGGACUCUCGAUUAGCUGCUGAGAGAAUUCAAAUUUUGGAGUCAGAUAUUGAAAGUUUAAUCUCAAAAAAGAAAGAAGCAGAGUUAUUAAUUUCCAAAUUAGAAGAGAAAGCUGACUCUCUAUUAGAGAGUUCUAGAUCAUCAGAGAACCACGUGCAAGACUUACAGCUGAAGGUUUCAGCAUUAGAGACUGAAAACAAAGAAAAUACAGAAAGACUGCAGGCAGAGAUAUUGAAGAAAUCAGAGGAAAUAGAUACUCUGCAAAAGGAGAGAAUGAAACUAGAGCAGCAUGCUGAUUCUCUUGAUAAAGAAGUAAUCCAGCUCCGUAAUGCCAUGGAGGAAAAAGAACAGUGUAUUUUACAUUGCAAGGAACAGGAAAAGAAUCUAGAAGAUCAAAUCACAGAGAAAAUAUCACUAUUGACUGCAGCUGAAAGCAAACUUUCAGAAGCUAGAAAGCAAUAUGAUCAAAUGGUAGAGAAUAAACAGUUAGAACUAUCAAGGCAUUUGAAAGAAAUAUCUCAGAGAAAUGAUCAGGCUAUUAAUGACGUUAAGAGGAAGUAUGAAUUGGAGAAGAUGGAAAUUGUGACUAUGGAAAAAGACAAGGCUGACAAAACUAUUGCCGAAAUUGAGGGAAGGUGUGAUAAAAAACUUGCAGAAUGCAAAGAAGAAUCAAGCCAGCAGUUGAUGCGCAUUCAGGGGGAACACGCGUUGCUGGUUAGUCAAAUGCAGCAGGAGCAUGACAAGAAGCAACUAAGCCUCAUAGCUGAACACAAUGAACAGCUAAAGCGUACCCAACUGCAAGCUGAAAAUGAACUGAGAGAGAAAACAAUGUUUAUGAGGAAUGAUCAUGAAGCUCAGAUUAAAGCAUUGAGGUGUGAACUUGAAGAUGAGUGUCGGAAGCUGGAAGAAGAGUUGCAUCUUCAAAAAUCCAAAGAAGACAGGCAAAGGGCUUUGUUGCAGUUGCAGUGGAAAGUGAUGAGUGACAAACCCAAAGAGGACCAAGAAGUGAAUUCAAAACAGGAUUACUCCAUUUCGUCAAUAAAGAGAAGGAGUUCUUGUGGUGGCAAAAGAAAUCAGCAGCAUAACCUGGACUCUCCUUACUUUGAAGCAACACAAACACCAGUACCAAAGUUGUUGAAAAAAGUGGACAACAGUAAAACCGGAAAUGCAGUGAGCAUUCCCAAGCAUCAUAGAAAGGAUCCUACAAAUCGAAAGACUAAUACACCAAAAGUAAAUACUCCUGGAAGUGUUGUUAAGAACAUCAAAGGAGGAGGACAUACUCAUCCUUCAAAUAUAGGUGAUUUGUUUUCUGAAGGGUCUCUUAAUCCCUAUGCAGAUGAUCCCUACGCAUUUGAUUAG